AUGAGCGUCAAGGAGGCUUUGAAUAAGGUGGAAGAAAAGGUCAAAGACCUCGCUUUGAACAAGAAAGAACAGCCCAAGAAAAAGGGCAAUUCGAACGGGAAACAGGCAUCUCUGUACCUCGACCCAGAACCUGAGUUUAUCGACGAAAGAAAUGCGUUUUUCGACAAAUUGCUAGAAGAACACUUGAAAAAGGUGGCAGAGUUGCCUCGUGUCACUUUGAAAGUGGUGUUGAAGGACGGCUCCGAGAAAGAGGCCAUUGCGUGGGAAACCAGCCCUAUGGACAUCGCCAAACAAAUUGCCAAGUCUUUCCCAGACAAACAAGUCAUUUCUAAGGUGAACGGUGUUCUGUGGGACUUGGAGAGACCUCUAGAAGGCCAAGAAGGUGAGGAAAUCAAGCUAGAAUUCUUCGAUUUUGAAACGGAAGAAGGUAGAAAAGUGUUCUGGCACUCGUCUGCCCACGUCUUAGGUGAAGCCUGUGAAUGUAACCUCGGUGCCCACAUCUGUUUGGGACCCCCAACCGACGAUGGGUUUUUCUACGAGUUUGCAGUCAAGAACCCCGCUGGCACCCCCGAGGACACCCCAGAGAGAACUGUGUCGCAAGCCGACUUCCCUAACUUGGAAGGCGUGGCUAAGAACGUCAUCAAGGAAAAACAGAAGUUCGAAAGACUGGUCAUGUCCAAAGAAGACCUGUUGAAGAUGUUCCACUACUCCAAGUACAAGAAAUACUUGAUUUCCACCAAGAUCCCAGAUGGCACCUCCACCACUGUUUAUCGCUGUGGUAAGCUAAUCGACUUGUGUACUGGUCCCCACAUUCCACACACUGGUCGUAUCAAGGCCUUCAAACUAUUGAAGAACUCGUCUUGCUACUUUUUGGGUGAGUCCACCAACGACUCUUUGCAAAGAGUUUACGGUAUCUCUUUCCCAGACAAGAAACUGAUGGACGCUCACUUGAAGUUUUUGGCCGAGGCUUCCUUGCGUGAUCACAGAAAAAUCGGAAGAGAACAAGAGCUUUUCUACUUCAACGAAAUGUCUCCAGGCUCUUGUUUCUGGCUCCCUCAUGGUACCAGAAUCUACAACAGUUUGGUUGACAUGCUGAGGUCUGAAUACCGUAAGAGAGGGUACGAGGAAGUCAUCACUCCCAACAUGUACAACUCUAAGUUGUGGCAAACCUCCGGCCACUGGGCUAACUACCAAGAAAACAUGUUCACUUUCGACGUGGAAAAGGAGAAAUUUGGUCUAAAACCAAUGAACUGUCCAGGUCACUGUAUUAUGUUUAAGUCUAGAGAAAGAUCCUACAGAGAACUACCUUGGAGAGUCGCCGAUUUCGGUGUAAUUCACAGAAACGAAUUCUCCGGUGCGUUGUCUGGUUUGACUCGUGUCAGAAGAUUCCAACAAGAUGAUGCCCACAUCUUCUGUGCUCAAAGUCAAAUAGAGCAAGAAAUUGAAAAUAUUUUCGAUUUCUUGAAAUACGCAUACGGGGUUUUCGGUUUUGAGUUCAAGAUGGAACUCUCCACCCGUCCGGAGAAGUACUUGGGUGAACUCGAAACCUGGAACAAUGCAGAGUCCAAGCUAGAGGCUGCUUUGAAGAAAUGGGGUGGUGCUUGGGAGUUGAAUCCAGGUGACGGUGCUUUCUACGGACCUAAGAUUGACAUCAUGAUUUCUGAUGCUUUGCGUAGAUGGCAUCAAUGUGCCACUAUCCAGCUUGAUUUCCAACUGCCAAACAGAUUUGAACUGGAAUUCAAGUCACAAGAGGGUGAUGGUUACGAGAGACCAGUGAUGAUCCACCGUGCUGUUUUGGGAUCUGUGGAGAGAAUGACCGCCAUUUUAACUGAACAUUUCGCUGGUAAGUGGCCUUUCUGGCUAUCGCCUCGUCAAGUUCUUGUCGUGCCAGUUGGUGUUAAAUACCAAGAUUACGCCCAAGAAGUUCGUGACAAAUUGGUUGCCCAAGAAAUUUACGCCGACGUUGACUUGACCGGGAACACUCUUCAGAAAAAGGUCAGGAAUGGUCAAAUGUUGAAAUACAACUUCAUCUUUAUUGUUGGUGAGCAAGAAAUGACCGAAAAGUCUGUCAACAUCAGAAACAGAGACGUGAAGGAUCUGCAAGGUAAGAACCCAACUAUUCAAUUGGACGUUGUCAUUCAGCAGCUGAAGGAGCUGAAACAGAGCAAGAGUCUUGAAAAUGUCCUAGGCGAAGAGUAA